GCGAUAUUAUAUUAUAUUAUUAUUAACGUAAAUUUCAGAUGUUUUAUUCAGUGGAUCUUUUAAGGAUACGAAAAAAUAAAAAAGGACGUAUUCCGGCAUGUUGGCUCGCAGCUACGAUUAAAGAAUUCGUCGGCAUUGGUAUCCAUAAGCUAUCAAAAGCAGACCUCGAGAGACUAGAUGUUGAGGCUGCUUGCUGCGAUAUUUUUGACGGUAUAACAGGAAAUGAAAUUUCUAACCGUUUUAGUCUUUAUUUGUCAUCACAACUCACUUUCGGGCUUUUAAAAAUAUUUCGUCAACAAGUCAUAAACGUAGAAGAAGCAUGUCAACAACUAUAUACAAGUAUAUUGACAAAUUCAACAAUGUCCAAAAAAGAAAUUUCAAGCAAAAAACCAGUUGGCAAAACUAUAGGAGCAGUGAAAGACGUUGAAAUGGAGACAGUAGAUUUAACGUGUUUGUUUCCAGAAAAUGAAGUAGAUAAACACCUCAUUCAAGAAGAAUUACCUAUGAAAACAUUAUCCUCGACAUCGAAUCCAUCGGAAUUAGCGAGAAGUCCCAUCACACCACUUACAGCUCGUAGAUCAAUUUUUAAGGCUCAUGACAUGUCAUUUAUAAUGGAUGCUGAUCCUGGAAUUAGUGGCUGCGUACCAAUGAAUGAAGAAGCUGCACAUUCCUUAUCCAAUGCCAUAGAACCCGGGGCAGAAGAACAGGCAAGAAUUUCCGUGAGAUUCUCAAUACCGACAGGAACAGCCGACCAAUUACUAGCCGAACAGAAUGUCGACGAAAUUAUUGCACCACCGCAGAUCAGCGACGAAAGUUUCACGGGAUUGAGUACCAGUGAUGCAAGCUUCGGUAGAUUGCAAAAAAUUGCCAAGAGAUUAAAAACUCCCCAGUCGAAAGACAAAAGCGGUUUACGACAGGCAGCACCAAGGUAA